AUGACUGUCACCCCACUUCACGUUAUCAAUCCAUUCAGUUCCAACUUCCAAGCGGUCUUCGUCAAAAGCAACAUGUAUCCCGUUUGGCCUCUCCCGGAGAACCUCCUAUUUGUCCAAGCGAGUAUUCGGCCUGAUUUUCUGAAAUUUGAAGGCGCCGUUAUCAUAAGGCACAUGGUGAAUAUUUUUGCGGCCAAUGACUUGAACUGCAAUAAUUAUACGGUGAAUCUCCGUCCAACCUUCAUUGCAGCGCUCAAUGGCGAACCACACGCGCUGUCUCGAAAACAGCAGCUACAAGUUGGAUUGAUAGCCCCCUGCUUAGGUGAAAUGGGCGGCAACUUGACUGUCAGCGAGGCAUAUGUUGUUCGCGGCAAUGUCAAAAUGGACUUUUCCGGUUGCGUAUUUUUUGACAUCAACCCACUGUUAGCCCGGAAGCGAUACCCUGUGGUUUGCCCCUAUCACGUCAACCGUUUGAUAAUCAGUGGGCAGGGCUCUGUCAAAGGGGUUUCUGACAUCUGGGAUUACAACCUGAACGUGGUGGGUCACCACGAAGUGACUGUUGAAGUUUUGUGCGAGGAGUCUAGCAUGGGGUUGGAAAUCCAACUUUUCGUCAAGCCGAAUGACAUGCCUUCGGAAUUGCUACAGAAUUUCACGCCGGGGGCUCAGGUUUUCUUCCGCGGUUAUUUGGGCAGCAGUUUAUCGGAGGGGAAACAGCUGCGCGUUGAGGUGUUAUCUCAUGGAGAUGUUAGGCGCGGGUACUAA